AUGAAACGAGCACGUUAUUGGCUAUUUUGGAAUGCAGAACAAAUGGGUUUGGAAGUAUCUGCAAGUGAAUAUAUUGUCAUGCUUUAUAAUCAAUGGAAAUGGAGGCAGAGAGCCACCACUGCCAACACCACCUAUGAACCAACCUACAAAUAUCCAUUUUUGGAACCGCCACUCGGAAGAAAAAGGAAAUAUUAUGUUUCUUCUAAAAAUGUUACAACAUACGAAUCUGUUAACCAAACUUAUGGUAUUAAUAUGGUGUUUUAA